GGAACCAGUUAGGGGACGCGUCCGAGGUGCUAGCUUGGGCUGACAGUUCAUUAGGACUCAGCUCCCUCCGGUAUACAAGCUGCGUUCUAUCCAUGAGGCGGGAUCUAGAGGCGAGUUCUCGGCCGUCGGGGUGAGAUGCAGUAGACAUGAACGCGGAGAGAGGAGUGCAAUAUCUGAAGCCAGCAGCAUAGACGGAAGCUUUUAUUCGCCGCUAGCUCCUAUCCAUACCCCUCUCUUUAUUCGAGCGUUGGCUGGGACAAACAUCCCCCCUUCUGAAAGCUGCGCAUAAGAUAAGAUUGCGAAAGAUUGCGAACUGUGGUCUCUGCCGAGCAAUCGUCUCGAUUCGCUUGUCAAAUUUUUAUCGAUCCUUCGUUUAUUGCACCUCAACCUCGCCAUGAGCGUCCGUCUUCCCCCGAUUCCUUCUGGAAACCACUCCGACUCUGGUUCUUGCUCAUCAUCGUCCUCCUCUGACGGCGAGGAAGAGACAUGGGACGACUGGGUCUCCGAGUCGGGUGCGGGCCCUUGCAAAUCCCUUUUCGACGAGACGGUGCUGGAGAGUGCCAAAUCUGCUGGAGAGCACGAUAAGGUCACACACGGUGUAGACCUCGACGCGCUAUGCGCGCGUUUCAAGCUGGAUACUUACCAACGAAUUCGUUUCAUCAACUACAUGAGGAAAACGAAGCCCAGCCCUGCCGAUGUCCUGGCUUUGACCGGAUCGGAAGCCUUGUUUACCUCGGACGAGUAUCUCCAGCCUGUCAUCGAAGAUGACCCUCUUCUGCAAAUCGAACCCGAAGACUGGUCUGACUCGGAUGCCGAGUCGUCCACAGAUCCCGUCAAGCGCAUUCGAGCGCUCGAACGGAAGCUGGCCGCCGCACAGCAAGAUCUCAUCGACUAUCGCCAGCUCGUCAGCAAGCAGCUCGAUGUGCCAGCCUUGAUCGCCGCUGUAAAUGAACCUACUGCUGCUGGAAAGGCACCGACGCGGGAUGACGAUUCGCAUUACUUCCAGAGCUAUGCCGAGAACGACAUCCACCUCACAAUGCUGACUGAUCACAUACGGACCUCGUCCUAUGCCGCCUUCAUCCUCACCAACCCUCAACUUUUCCACAACGCCACGGUCCUCGACGUGGGCUGUGGGACCGGCAUCCUCUCGCUUUUCGCAGCCCGUGCAGGGGCCAAACGUGUCUUUGCCGUGGAUGCCAGCGACGUCGCUGAAAAGGCCGACCGCAUCGUUCACGAGAAUGGCAUGGAGCAUAUCAUCAAGGUGGUGCGCGGAAAGAUCGAGGAUGUCGUCCUCCCUUUCGAUGAUGGCGAGGAGCAGAAGGUGGAUAUCAUCGUGUCGGAAUGGAUGGGUUACGCGCUGCUGUAUGAGAGCAUGCUCGAUUCGGUUUUGGUCGCCAGAGAUCGGUUCCUGAAGCCCGGUGGUGUGCUGGCUCCAAGCCAGAUGCGGAUGAUGUUUGCGUUAUGUGAUGGCAGUGAUAUAGUUAAGGAGCGGAUCAAGUAUUGGGACGAUGUUUAUGGCUUUGAUUUGUCCCCGAUGGCAGAGCAUGUUGCGGAUGAGGCCAUCGUCGAUGUUGUUGGUCCCGAAACCACGUUGAGCGUCCCGUAUUGCGACCUCUACCUACAAAACAUCACACCGCGAAAUCUGUCCUUUGUCUCCCCAUUCACUCUCACCUGCACCUCCAUCCGGCGCACGAAAAUCACGUCGUUCAUCCUCUACUUCGACACGUUCUUCGCGCCAGACGGUCAGCCCAUUUCCGAGAACGAGGAAGUCCGGGUCGUCAAGACCGGUGAGGCCAUGGUGACGGACGUGUGGCCUGUUGGCGGUCGCCCUGCUCCAAUGCGCCGGGCAAGCUCGCAAUUCAGCCCUGAUGGUGAACCCAAGCCGCUCAAAAUAACAAGUUUCAGCACCGGGCCACAGAGUGUACCGACGCACUGGAAGCAAACGCUCUUCUUGCUGCGUGAUCCCAUUGUUGCAGAGGAGGGAUCUGUGGUUACCGGCCAUUUCCACUGCAAGAAAAGCGACGCAAACUCCCGCGAGCUGGAUGUUGAAAUCCAUUACGCUGUUCGUUCUCCGGAUGCCGAACAGCCAGGAGAUACAGUCGUCCAGAUGUACAAAGUCCGGUAAUUUGGCACCAGAGGUAUCUGUCACAUAUGUAUCUAUGGACCCGAUGGUCUCGAUUUUCGAUCUACUUGGAACUCUGCCCCUGCACCAUGAUCUAUAAUGGCCUAUUCUCCGCAUCUCUCCAUCUCAUUGAUUCGGCUACAUGCCGGCUCUAUGCAUGUCAGAGGCGACAUGUGUGAUGUACAUGACAAAACCAACGUAUUCCUCCGGUGCAACAUCUAGAACUCGCAGGAACGGUUCUACGAGAACAAAAAAAUGCAUAAUAAUUACAAUUGCGAUGCCAAUGCUCGGAUUAUAUAACAUAUCGAUAACCAUAACUCCCGCCCUCGACGUCUACUCCCCUCGACUCGAUUGCCCGACCUUGCCAUCUGCACUAGCUUCAGGUGGGACAUCCUCCGAUACCGCCAUGAUCCCCGGCCGUCCAACGCUCAGUGCCAAAGACCACAUCAGGAUCUCCCACGUAUUUUCGAUGACUUCCCAGAGCGGGUCGUCAUCGAUCCCGAGUACAGUCGCAUUGCUCCACAGCCCGUGGACAUCCAUGGCAUGCUUUAGCAGUGCCUGCGACGUAUACGUCUGUGCGAGCAGCGUAGCCUGCGCCCGAGUGCUGCUUGCCGCAUUGACAGUGGCGGACAUCGGUCCAGGCGGCAGGAGAGCUUUGGACAGGUUGUCGGCGCGUUUGGUGUAGAGGAAUGAUAGCAAUUGGGGAAAAGUCGACGGCGAUGGUAGGCGGAGGGGCUGGACGGGCACCCGCACCCGCGAUGGAUCUAGUGUUCCGCUCUCAGAGUCGACGACGUGCGCCGGGACAGGCGGCGUCGGUGGUAGUGUGGGGAUCCGCGAGCAGUACAGUGCAAGAACGUUGGUAUGUGCGGGAAGUAAAACGACUUGCGUCGCCGUCGUCGAUGGUGAUGUGGAUGGCGUCCGAUAGACAGCCAACAGCACCGUUGGUGGCGGGUAGUCUGAGCCCUGAUCGUUAAGACGUAGGACCAUGUCCGGCACUAGGGUCGUUUUGGACAUAUCUUCAACACUUGCACUAGCAACUGUCCGGAGAAGCCUGCGAUAGGGUUCAGCCUCUUGCCUACUUCGCCAAGGAGAGAAACACGAACCCCGGUCCAAGUUCCUUCAUCACAUCUCGAAUAUAUGCCAACUGCCCUGGCUCAAGAGUCGUGCCUUCCGUUCCCUCACUGGCGAACUCGGGUGCAACGCUGAGCAGCAGUUCCGCAUUCACGCCCAGUUCAUCUUCCGCUAUGUCACGCCGGGCCAAGAAUCGUGGCAGAUGGAACGACCGUAUUUUACUACUAGAAGCGGCCGUUUCCUCAGCGUCGACGUCAGCAGGCCCUGGAGGUAAGUCGAACUCCAACAUAGCCGGCUUCGUUCUGUUCUUCUUCUUCGCCUUUCCGUCUUUGCCCGCCGCAUCCUUUGCUGCCUUCCGUGUCGCCUUCCUCUCCCUCGCCGCCUUGACCCGCUUCGCUCUUUCCGGAUCCCGAUCCCGGAGACCCGCCCGCAGUCGGUCGUGAAAUGACGAGGAGGAGUACUGAUGAGAUUUGGUGAAGGUGGUCGAUGGUUUCUGUGCGGAGGAUGACGCAGGGAACGGGGCAGCAUUCUCGCGCGCGUGCCGCGUUUGUCUCGGUUGCAAUGCGGGAGGCAUCUUGUGCGUCGGUGGGGAGGGUUCAGAUGUGGUGAGUGGGCGGAAAGAACAGAGGAACUUGUUGGACAAGCGUUCGCCAACGCAAGCACAUAAUAAGGAUCGUGACCGGAACGGGGGUUGCUCAAAAGUGCGCGCAGGGAACCAAUCCUCCCGCCAGAGCCAAUCCAAAAGUUGCCAUUUUGGAAAAGUUGCUACAUUUGGACAUGCCUUUGUGUGGUGUUGCUAUGAUGGUUGAUCGGAGUUCUCCGAUGUGCGAAGCAUUGAAGUUCGGGAGGAAGGGCAAGGGGGUCGCAACUCUUGAAAGGUGUCCGUAACCGACGGGAUUAAAUCUAAAUGGGAGAUCAACGCUCCACCGCUGAUCUUAUUUCAUGACACCGUCUUGACUGAGGGAAUAGUCGGUCUCUCAAAUUUCAUGAUAAACUGAUC